CCCACCUCUCCCCCUUCCGCCGACCACCCGCUCCUCCUCCUUCCACCUUCCGCUACUACUCACUACUCUGCUCCACUCCUCCAGCAAGCCAGCCAACCGGACAUGGCGGAGCUCACGACCGCCGACGCCGGCGUCGCCACCAUCCUCGCAACAGCCGGCAGGGACUUCCUCCUCCGCAACUCCGGCGACCAGGUUAAGAUCAGUAGCAUCGAGGCAAGCACCGUGGCCAUAUACUUCUCAGCCUCAUGGUGCCCACCAUGCAGGCGAUUCACACCUAAGCUUAUUGAAGCGUACAAUGAACUUGUCUCCCAGGGAAAGAGCUUUGAGGUUGUGUUCGUUUCAAGCGAUAGAGAACUAGAGGCAUUCAAUAAUUACUUUGCAAAGAUGCCAUGGUUGGCAGUCCCUUUCUCGGACUCCGAAGGUCUUGCUGGCCUUAAGAAACGGUUUAAGGUCAGAGGUAUUCCACACCUUGUCAUCCUUGAUGCAAAAUCUGGUGAAGUUUAUACUAAAGAUGGAGUUGAACUUGUGGACGACUAUGGUAUAGAAGCUUACCCUUUUACAACAGAGAAGAUCAAUGAAUUGAAGGAACAGGAAAAGGCUGCAAAAGAUAAUCAAACAAUUCAUAGUGUGCUUGGUACACCCACACGCGACUACUUAAUUUCGAACAAGGGAGAUAAGGUACCCAUCUCCGACCUCGAGGGCAAGUAUGUUGGUUUGUGCUUUGUGGUGAAUGGCUAUGGUCCAGUUGUUCAAUUUACUUCAUUGCUUACUAAAAUAUAUGAGAAACUCAAAGAAGUCGGGGAGAAAUUUGAAGUUGUAGCUGUAUCGUUGGACGGUGAUGAGGAAUCAUUCAGUGAGAGUUUUGCAGCCAUGCCUUGGCUUGCCAUUCCUCAUGGAGACAAGGUGUGUGAGAAGUUGGCUCGUUAUUUUGAGCUUAGAGGCCUGCCUACGCUUGUCCUGAUUGGUCCUGAUGGGAAAACACUGAACAAUGAUGUUGCUGAGAUAAUUGAUGAGCAUGGCACAGAUGCAUGGGAAGGGUUCCCUUUCAGUGCAGAGAAGCUGGAAAUUCUUGCUGAGAAGGCAAAGGCUAAAGCAGAAUCACAGACAUUGGAGUCCCUUCUGGUCACUGGUGAUUUGGACUUUGUCCUUGGGAAAGAUGAAGCAAAGGUUCCUGUAUCAGAACUUGUUGGGAAGACUGUUCUCCUAUACUUUUCAGCCAAAUGGUGCCCCCCAUGCCGAGCCUUCCUGCCUAAACUGGUCGAUGAAUACAACAAGAUCAAGGAGAAGCACAACGAUUUUGAGAUCAUCUUCAUUUCUAGCGACCGGGACCAGAGUUCCUACGAGGAGUUCUUCUCUGGCAUGCCAUGGCUUGCUCUUCCUCUGGGAGACGAAAGGAAGCAACAGUUGGGUAAGAUCUUCAAAAUCAGGGGGAUCCCUUCGCUUGUCGCCAUCGGUCCCGAUGGGAAGACGCUGACCAAAGAUGCGAAAACCCCACUGAUGGCCCACGGCGCCGACGCGUUUCCAUUCACCGAAGAGAAGCUUCAGGAGCUGGAGAAGAAGAUCGAGGAGAUGGCGAAGGGGUGGCCUGAGAAACUGAAGCAUGGUCUGCACGAGGAGCAUGAGCUCGUGCUGACUCGCUGCAGCACGUACGGCUGCGACGCCUGCAGCGAGGCGGGCAAUUCGUGGUCCUACUCGUGCAAGGAAUGUGACUUCGAUCUGCACCCGGAGUGCGCUCUGCGGGAAGAGGAGAAGAAGGGAGAGGAGAGUGCUGAGGCUGCCCCCGCUGGGUAUGUGUGCGAGGGAGACGUCUGCAGAAAGGUGUAAAGAGUUUGUCGUGUUUUUCCCGCCUUGUGCCGGUUGGGAUGUGAGUUCGUGUGACGAGUGAUAAUAAUAAAUACUAGUUGGUACAUCAGCUGUAUAUUUGGGCUGAUGAUACAUCAUCGGUGUAUCUCUUGAUCAACAUAAGCUGUUCUUCCUUGAGACUGGAGAUCAUUGUAUGCCAAACCUUUGUAAAGUA